AUGAGUAACUUCAGCGUUGUCAGGGAGUUUGUGCUCCUGGGAUUUUCUCAUCUGCAUGAGUUCCAGACUCUGCUGUUUGCUUUCAUCCUAUUGAUAUACAUGCUGACGGUUCUGGGGAACCUGGCCAUUGUCACCCUCACGUGCCUGGACUCCCGCCUCCACUCACCCAUGUACUUCUUCCUCUGCAAUUUCUCGCUCAUGGAGGUGUUGGUCACCUCCACUGUGGUCCCCAGGAUGCUGGCAGACCUGCUGUCCACUCACAGGACCAUGUCGCUGGUCGAAUGCCUGACCCAGUCUUUCUUCUACUUCUCCCUGGGCUCCACCAACUUCCUGAUCCUCACAGUCAUGGCCUUCGAUCGCUACGUGGCCAUCUGCCGCCCUCUGCACUACCCGACCAUCAUGAACGGGCCCGUCUGUGUGAAGCUGGUGGUGGUCUGCUGGGUGGUGGGGUUCCUCUCCAUCAUCUCCCCGACCCUGCAGAAAACCCAGCUCUGGUUCUGCGGCCCCAACGUCAUCGACCACUACUUCUGUGACUCUGCCCCACUGCUCAAGCUGUCCUGCUCUGACACUCAGCACAUCGAGCUCAUGGACUUCUUCCUGUCCUUGCUCUUUGUGCUGGCCACGCUGCUGCUCAUUGUGGCCUCCUACAUCCUCAUCGUGGCUGCAGUGCUGCGCAGCUCCUCCUCCUCCGGGCGCCAGAAGGCCUUCUCCACCUGCGCCUCCCACCUCGCAGUGGUGGUUCUGGGCUACGGCAGUGCCAUCUUCAUCUACGUGAGGCCAGGCAAGGGCCACUCCAUGCAGCUCAACAAGGUGGUGGCCCUGAUGACUGCGGUGGUGACCCCAUUCCUCAACCCCUUCAUCUUCACUUUCCGGAACGAGAAGGUCAAAGAGGUCAUUGAGGAUAUGUCCAAAAAGAUCCUCCUCAGAGAGCCAGCCGCCCGCAGAUGA